AAACACAAGGCGAGAAGAAAACGACGAAGUAGAAAAAGAGGAGGAAAAAUGGCGGACGGCCGUCAUUCUCCUUUUUCAAAACGGCUAAAGCUUUAUUGCGCAGAGUUGUUCGACAAAGACGUUUAAAUAAAGAAACGGAUCGUUUGAAUAACUCAAGAGGGAGCAGAUCAUUCUGCCCUCCAGAUCACGCGGGGGGGAAAAUGAUGGAAUUACCGAACUACAGCAGCCAGCUGAUGCAGCAGCUGUGGGCGCUGAGGAAGGAAGGCCACUUCUGUGACUGCACCAUCCUGGUGGGAGACAGCCCUCAUCGUGCUCACAAGCUGGUGCUCGCCGCUUCCAGCAUGCUCUUCAGGUCUCUGCUGGACAGCUCUGACACCAUCUCCAUCGACACCGCCAUGGUCUCCUCGCAGGAGUUCAGCUGCCUGCUGGACAUGGUCUACACGGGGAAGCUCCCCAUCGGCAAACACAACGUGAGCCGCAUCGUCGCCGCCGCAGACAGCCUGCAGAUGUUCGACGUGGCCGUCGGCUUCAAGAACGUCCUGACGAGUCUCGUCAACCAGCAACCCACCGUCUCCUCUACGCAGACGCCGAGCCUGACCGUGAUAAACAAAAUCAAGAGUGUGAGUCCUGAAGGAUCGGCUGCUCCCAACACGAUGGACGAUGUGACGCCAGGCAAGGCGGAGCUAAAGGCGGAGAAAGAGUGCCAGGAUGAAGAUGAAGACGCAGCAGAACCGCCCUGUAAGAAAACCUGUGUGGAGCUCUCCGAGUCCUCAGAGCUUGAAGAGGACAAAUCCUCUGAAAAAGUAGCGGAAAAAAGCAACCAGACAGAAGCGACGAUGUCCAAAAGAGCUGCGUUCAGUUUUCUGGAUCGUUCCUCUCGGCUUGUUGAGCUCCUCGCCGGCAUGUCGUCUGUCCUGGAGCUGCUGAGCCAGGCCGCGCAGAGCAGCCUGCAGGAUCCCGAGAGACAGGUCGUGUGUGAGUGCUGCGAGGAGGCGGAGCCGGGCUCAGCGUUGGAGAAGCUGAUGAGCAGAGUGAAGGAGGGGCAUCUCGGUGAGGGAUCUCUCAUCGCGCUGCUUCGCUCCGUUCAGCAGAAAGCUCCUCCCGCCUUCCCCGCACCGCUGCUCGCUCUGCUGCAGGAGGCCGAGGAGAACUGUCAUGAGGAGGCAGGAGAAGAGAACCAAAGUGGAGCGGAGUCAGAGAAGCAGAACGGCACCAAAAGUGAAGAGCAGGAGGACGAGGAAGAGGAAGACAACAGUAAGGAGGAGACGGAAGAGGACGAGAAAGUCUCCUCCUCCCCUCCCGCCUCCUCCUCUUCCCCCUCCGCCUCCAAACCUUACACCUGCAGCUGGUGUAAAAAAGGUUUCGCCUACAAGUGUCGGAUGCUGGCCCACGUGAAGCGCUGCCCGCUGUCCCGGGAGUGUGAGCAGCAGUGUCCGCAGUGUCCCAAGAAGCUGCCUAACCAGCGAGCCCUGCAGCGCCACCGAGCAGAGGUUCACCGCAACAACGCCCGGGCGAAGAAGAAGGUGGCCUGUGAGCUCUGCGGACGGACCUUCGCACACCCGUCAGGAAUGAUCUACCACAAGCGCACCGAGCACUUUGACGAGAAACCGUUCGCUUGCGAGAACUGCGGCGCAAAAUUCGGCGCCAACUCGUCUCUGAAGAACCACAUGAGGCUGCACACGGGGGAGAAGCCGUUCAACUGCAAACACUGCGACAUGACGUUCAGCGUGGCCGCUGCACUCGCGUAUCACACAAAGAAGAAACACUCGGAGGGUAAGAUGUAUGUGUGUCAGUACUGUAAGGCCACCUUCGCCCAGUCCAUCGAGCUGACGCGUCAUGUGCGGACACACACCGGGGAUCGGCCUUACGUGUGUCGAGAAUGUGGCAAAGGCUACAGCCAGGCCAGCGGACUCACCGUUCACCUGCACACCUUCCACAACCUUUCAGAGCCUCACGACUGUCAGAAGUGUUGCCUCAGCUUCUCCUCGCUGGACGAGCAUCGCCAACACAUCCAAGACUUCCACCCUAAGGAGUACCACAAGUGUCCCACCUGCAGCAAGGUGUUCACCAGCGCCGCCCUGCUGGAGAAACACAAGAGCACACACACGGGAUCCAAACCGUUCAGCUGUGACAUCUGCAACAAGUCCUACCAGCAACUGUCAGGUCUGUGGUACCACAACAGGACAACCCACCCCGAGGUGUUUGCCAGCCAAACCCGGCAGCUCAAGACUCUGGUCCAGUGUGACGUCUGCUUUAAGUUCUUCCCCAGCGCUGCCAGUGUGGCCAAACACCAGGCGGCAGAGCAUCAAGGCUCAGAGGCGUUGGCGGUGCGAUGUCCGCACUGCCCGGCUGUGCUGGGCGGGGAGGAGGAGAUGCAGGAGCACAUCAGCAGCCAACACGGCGGUCAGAGCAGCGAGGCGUUCAGCUGCCCCCUCUGCUCCCUGAUCUGCUCCUCCCAGCUGGAGCUGCAGGAGCACCUGCUCUCCCUCCACAUGGAGGCCACAGAGGAGCAGGCCUCCACCUCCGUAAGGAGCUCUGCUACUGUGAUGUCAGCAGAUCCAUCAGGAAGCGAGGAGGCGGAGUCAGUGAUCUCUGAGAGGCAGGCACAGCUGGCAGCUGCCCAGCAGAUGUUUGUGGCUCUGGCAGGAGGAGGAGGAGGAGGAGGAGGAGAAGGCGGGUCGUCAGCGGAGGUGGUGGAGGUGAACAUGUUUGACCUGCUGAACAGUUCAGUCACCUUCAUCUGUGAGGACAAACCGUCAGGACCCGACGCUCUACAGUAAACUUUUAUCCUGCGAGGAAAAACUCUGGACUCAGUUUUGUGGAUGGACUCUUUGUGCUGAAGCUUUAAAUGUAGUUCUGUAAAGCUUCUUGUUCCUGGAGUUGUUUUUGCAGUUUUAAUAAAUGUGGUGAAUGAG